AUGGGUGAAUAUUUGAUUUUUCGGCCGGAGAAAAUGGAGGGUUUGCCAAGUCACUUGCAGGCGCAGGUGAAGGAGUUGGUUUGUGGUCUGGAGGGGCCGCGUGACGUGGAGAGCAUAACGAGUGCGUCUACGUUUGCGGCUAUGGGUGUGUGUCCCGAUUAUGAUAUGAAGAAGCUGGUGAAGCGAAUGAGUAUAGAUAUGCGGCAGAAGGGUGAGGAGCGUGUGCUGUUUGAUUUGAAAGGGGUGGACGUGGCGAUGGCGAAUGCGUUGCGACGUGUAAUGAUCGCGGAAGUGCCAACGAUGGCGAUUGAGACGGUACAUUUGUAUCAGAACACGGGUGUGUUACAGGAUGAGGUGUUAUGUCAUCGUUUGGGUUUGGUUCCGUUUAAGGUGGAGCCGGAGACGUACAAGUAUCGUACGGAGAAUGAGGAGUUGACGGCGGAGAACAGUCUUUGUUUUAAAUUGCAUAUUGUUUGUACUCCUGAGAAUUUGGACCAAGAAAAAAAAUGCUUGCCUGUCUACAGUCGUGACUUCGUUUGGGUCCCGCUAUCCGAACAACAGAAAGAGCAGUACCCGGAGCCACCACGGCCAGUGUCAGAGGAUUAUUUAAUUACGAAGUUGCGACCCGGACAAGAAAUUGAAGCUGUGUGUUAUCUUGAAAAGGGUAUCGGAAAAACACACGCUAAGUGGAGCCCCGUUUGUCCUGCCGUCUACCGACUCCAUCCCAAAAUCAUAUUCCCCCAAGGUGUUCUGCGUGGCCCAGAAGCCGAAGACUUGGUCAAUCUCUGUCCUAUGAACGUUUUCGAUAUCGAAAACGGAGAAGCCAUUGUCGCAAAACCAACGCAAUGUACUACCUGCCGAGCUUGCAUCGAACGCUUCCCCACACAAGUUGAAGUCCGCAAGAUCAAAGACCACUUUAUAUUCCAAGUCGAAGCCACCGGCUCUAUCCCUGCACCCGACGUUUUUAAACGAUCCCUCUCUGUCCUUAUACAAAAGCUUCAGAAAAUCAAAAACAACAUUGAAAAAGAUAUUCAAGCCUAA